ACAUUGAGACGCGCGCGUGUUGGACGUGCUUAACCCUUUAAAAAUAAAAGUGUAGUUAUUAAUAGUAAAAAGUUUGUGUAUAGUGAAAACUUAAUAGAUUUCUUGAAAAGUUUAUUUAGGACACAGUAAAAUUAGGACGAACUCCGAAGCCGGUGCCUUGCACAGAUGUCCGUAUCACAUUUAUGAUAUAGGCCAACGUCGGAAACAUGGAGAUGAGCCAUCAAGGUGGGGCGGAGGCCGAGAGCCUCCUAAGACAUGACCAGAGGAGCGCCAUCGUCAUGCCCGGCCAGCGGACUGGACCUUCGAGAAGUACCCACUAUCGAACAAUAAGCUGGGAGGAUGGCGAGAAGGCUCCGUUCCUACGUAACGAGCCGGUGAAACUGACACCCGCUUGGGAGGCCACGAACCUGCCCAAUGACACGCUCAACUUGAAAGGUAUAGCAAUGGACCUGACGCCACCGAAAGAUAAAUGGAACCUCAUUUAUCUGACGUUGGUGCUUCACGGCUUGGGAACGCUGACCGCCUGGAACAUGUUCAUAACAGCGAAAGCGUAUUUUGAGACGUACAAACUCGCCUCGGAGCCGGCCUUGUCCGAGAACUUCCUCACGUAUAUCGGCUGGGCGAGUCAGAUACCGAAUUUGCUGUUCAGCUGGUUUAAUAUAUUUUUCCAAUUGGGCGGGAAUUUAACCACGAGGAUAGUUUGGUCAUUGUGUAUUGAAGUGUGCAUAUUUGUCUUCACCGUGAUAUUGGCGAUGGUGGACAGCACCGAAUGGACACUGACAUUCUUCGGACUCACAAUAGCAUCCGUGUUCUUUUUGAACGCAUUCAACGCGGUGUUCCAAAAUUCAGUUUACGGUCUGGCCGCGAAGCUCCCGCCCAAGUAUACCGGUGCCGUGGUCCUGGGCUCGAACAUAUGCGGGACGCUGGUCGCGAUACUGCAGUGGGCCUCGGACAUGUUCGGCAACAUACGUACAUCCGCCAUAUAUUACUUCAUCGCUGGAAUGUUCGUUCUUCUCAUAUGUUUCGACACGUAUUUCGCAUUGCCGCUUAAUAGGUUUUAUCGUUAUCACGAUACUCUGCAAGAGAGGACGAUGCGAGUGAACCCUGCCCUCGCAGCCACCGAUCAGAAUUCGAGUCCGAACAAGAGGAGCAUACCGUACGGAACGAUCUUCGCACAAUCCUGGGUUCAGCUCUACAACAUAUUCGUUACCUUCUUUGUGACGCUCGCGAUCUACCCCGGCUUGCAUUCGGAAAUUGAUCCAGUGACUCCGGGAUUUCUCGGUAAAAAUUUCGUUUCGAUCACGUGCUUUAUAACGUUCAACGUGACCGCCAUGCUGGGGAACAUCACCGCCAGCCUCUGGCAAUUUCCAAACAAACGUUGGCUGGCGCUGUUCACGUCCCUACGGUUCCUGUUCAUCCCGCUGUACUUCGUGUGCAACUACAAGCCGCUGACGCGCACGCUGCCCGUGCUCGUCCGCGCGGACUGGGCCUACUGGCUCAUCGCCGUGCUGUUCGGCUGGAGCUCGGGCCACGGCAGCAGCCUGGGGAUGAUGUACGUCAGCGGCACGGUGUCCCCGGAGCACGCGUCCACUGCGGGCAUGGUGGGCGGCGCCAUGCUCGUCACCGGCAUCGUGUCGGGGAUCACCUUCAGCUGGUUGUGUCCGCUCGUCGUCACCAUGGACUUAUGGAAGAGCAUCUAGCACAUGUUCACGGACGCCAACUACCGCUGGACCCUGCCCGCCGAUUGGUUCGGCCUCUGAACUCUGGGCCGCUGGAAUUUGUACCCUGAUACAAAGCUGUCAAAGUGCAAUUUCGCUUGGUGUGUUUCAAAGAUUAUUACAAACAUUGAGACUCACUGUGCUCGGUGUCCGAAUCGUUGGUGCAGUGAAAUUUGUGACGUACAAUAAAGUGUUUCCAGUUGAUAUCGAUAGUUGGAAUUAUUGAGAAAUAUUGUUAUUGUGUUUGAAGAUCAACGUAAUGCAAUUUGUGACUUAUAUCGCGAAUUGUGAAAGUGUAAAAUCGAGUGCAGUUUUGAGACACUGCAUUAUUUGAGAGUUGCGUGUGAAGAUUGUGAGAUGUUGUAUGAUUAAAGUGGAAUCAUUGAUAUGUUUUAAGUUUUUAUAAAGUUUAUUGAUACAAUGGUUAACUUGCAUGUAAUAAUGACAAUUAGUAAUUUGUAUUUUUUUUUUACUAGAAUAAUUUAUGAUUGACAAAAAUGAUGAAAGAUAUUAAAAUAGAUUAUAUUCAAAUACUUUUUAGACAGAAAAUGCUGAACGUUAUGUUGUGUAUAAAAAUAUCAACAUAGAAAAACCUUUGUAACGGAAACUGCAUCUAAAACCAAAUUAAUAAAAUGUACAUUAGUAUGUUACGUAUAUAUAAUUUUUUAAGUAUGGUUGUUCUUGUUUGUUUCAAGUAAUUGCAAUUGCAUAAUGAAUAAAAAUCAAUCUUAUUUCGUUAUGCUUUCAAAAUGUACCUUGGUUAUGAGAUAAGGAAUGUAUAAUCGUAAUUAUUUUCGUUUUAAUUAAAAGUAAGGAAUGCAACAUUUAAUUAUUUAAAAUGUUUUAUCAGUGCCUUUGAUUUAAACAAAUUUCUGUUCAAAAUUUUCUCAAUAAUUGAAUAUUUAUUUCUUCAAUCAUGACAACGUUUCGAAUUUCGUUUCUUAAGCCCAGACUGACACUACAAAAUGACAAGCAAAACUUUUGCCUUACCAUUGUGAGUCUAAAUUAAUACUUACUAAAUUAAUAAUUAGUUCAUGUUUGUCAGAAAACUGAAAAUGGUCAUUAUUUACGUAGUAACACAGCUUAUUAUCUUACUACGUAAAAUUUUACAUUAAUGUA